AUGGUUGUUAUGUACAACAUCAUGGGCCGCCAGGUCGGAUCCCACUAUAACACCAACAGNCUCGCCCUCGGUAUCCUCACCUCCCUCUUCACCGGUAUUGGUUACGCCUCAAGCGGUGGUGCCAAGAAGGUCACCGGCUCUACUCCUCCCAUCAACGCUUCAUCCAAGGAUGAGGCCGACUUCAUCCAGCAAUUCCUCAAGGAGAGCGAGAAGAAGGAAGCCAAGCACUAG